CAAAUGCAUGUAGGACCAUUGUCUCUGUCUCCUCUAUGUAUUUGCUAUUCAUGCAAUAGUGUAUUCAAUAACAAGAACCAAACUGUUCAAACUUCUACAUACAGGGUUCUUAAAGUUGAGUCCACAAUUAGUCACAAUCUUGGCUAAAAUUUAAAGACUUUUUGGGAAGAAAGAGAUGAAAAACCAACUAACUUCUUCCUGUGAUGAUGAUGACGAGUAUGAGUUAUCUAGAAUGGUUCAUUGCUGGUGGCGUUCGGCUACCAAGUUUGAUGAAUGUGCUAAGCUCAAGUUUGACCUUCCCAACAUUUCAAGUCUAACACCUAGGCUUAAAGUGCUAAGGGAGCUGGAAAGGUUGGCUUUGGUUGCACCUGAUGGGCUUCAUGAGCUUCGGCACAAGCUGCUCUCGUAUCGCUCGGGUGAUUUUUGGGUUCCUAUAGGAGGGAUCAGCAAGGAAGAGAUGGAUAUCCCACCAACUAUUACAAUUCUCUUGGUGGGUUUCACUGGUUCUGGCAAAAGCUCACUUGUAAAUCUUAUGUACAGUGUUCUUGGACGCUCUGGACUCAUACCCUUUGCUCAAACAGCACUAGGUAGUUCUUCGGAUUUCACUACUAUGUUUUUGGAAGAGCACAAUGUGUUGAGGUCCACACAAAGUGGGUUUUGCGUUUAUGAUUCAAGGGGCUUUGAUUAUGCUCAAAUGGGUGAGAAUCUUGAAGAAGUGUCCAAUUGGAUGACUGAGGGGGUUCAUCAUAAUCAGCCAUGUUUAAGACCGGGAGAUGAUGCAUUGACAAAAGCUGAUACCGAAAUUCUUACCUUGAAAUCAUCUCCAAGAUACGUGAAGAGGAAAGUGAAUUGCGCAAUGGUUGUGGCUAACAUAGCAGAGAUCUAUAAAGCUUCAAAAGCUGGUGAUUUUAAGCCACUGGAGGCUAUUAGAGAGCUCUUCUGCUGUCCUGUUUUACGAAAAUCCAAUGAGGACCCUUUCUUGAUCUUGACACAUGGUGACUUGUUAUCAACGGAGGAAAGGAUCGAAGGUCGACUGAAAAUAUGUGAAUGGCUAGGCGUAUCAGAGACUACUGGGGUGUAUGACAUUGUGUGCCUCACAGAGUAUGGAUAUCUUGCAGAAGAUUCAGACCCCGUCACAGCCUAUGCCUUAACUGAAGCUGUUUAUAGAGGUUUGCUCAUAUCAGAUAGGGGCCACUUUCCAAAGAAAAACCUUUGGGAUUGGGCAGCGCUCAUAUUGUCGUGGCUUAUGUGCUUCUUUGCUGUUUUCUUCACUUUCCUUGCUGAUAUUUGCUCCAAACUUGGACAGAGGGAUAGACUGAAACGGUGAAGGAUGUUGCUCCAUAGUGCUAGGAAGCUUUUGUUAGUCUUUAGUUUAGAGUAACAGUACACUAAUGUGUCUUUUGCUAUUUGUUGUGUGAGGACUAGGUCAGAUUUGAUAUUGGCUAACUCGAAUAAGUGUUCUGUAAAUAAAAUAUUGAAACACUUUAUGAAUUCUAAUUUAUCUUCUGAUUAUGGGAUGUACCCUUGACCCCAUGAGUCAA